AUGGCAUCGGAUCCCGCAUCGAAUUCAAAAUGUCAGCUCUCUCUCGUGGCACCCCUGACGCUUUGCGCUUAUGGGCUACGCACGAGUUCCAUGCAAAGUAAGGUAGUUAUUUAUGAACAAGAUGAUGCGAAAUGUAACAUUCUGCUCACCACAGAAGCAUGA